AUGGAAGAAGGGAAUGAUGUGGAAGAAGAGAUUGGAAUAGAAAGGAAGAUUAAAAAGGAGAAACAAAAUGUGACCGUGCAAAGAAGGUGGACCAGAGCACAGAUGAAGACAAGGAUAAGGAUUGAGAAGAGUAGUAUUUUGAAAAUGACUGCAAUGAUGGCUGAUCGACAAGCUACAAAGGUUGAUUCUAUAAGAGUGCAGAGUGAGAACGAUCUUUUUGGGUACAAUAGUUACACGUACUUAAAUUGGGAUGAUUUUGAAGCAGUUCUUACAAUGGAUGAGCUAACCGGUGCCGUUAUUGUGUCUUAUAUGAUGGUGUUGUUUAACAAAUUGAAGUAUGGCUCCCCAGAAAGUGACCAUGGAAUUUGCUUUAUGAACCCGGCAGUAAUCUCACCAAGUACGCGUAAAGUGAAAUCUAAGAAUAUUGACGAUGCAAGCAGAGGUUUAGUAGAUCGGUUGUCUAAAAGAAAGGGCAAUGACAUCAUCUUUAUGCCCUACAAUCCCGGAAGACAUUGGGUAUUAGGUGUACUAGACAUGAAAUCGAAUACUUGCUAUUAUCUUGAUUCCUUGAGCUCUGGCAAUUUCAAUAUGCAGUUGAAGCAAAUUGUUGAUUCGGCAAUGGUUCUGUACACUACACAAAGUGGAUCCAACACAAGGUGUCCAACUCAGUCCGGAUCUACCGAAUGUGGCUACCACAUGCUAAGGUUCAUGAAGGAGAUAGUGGAAGAAGGAAUUGAAGUGUUGGUCAAAGACAAUAUCGGGGAUGGAAAAGCUGAGUACACAACUGCUGAUAUCGAUGAGAUACGUGAAGAAUGGUCAACGUUUGUUACAGGAUUCAUUUAUCGAUGA